CGGGACGAAGGGUCCGUGACUCCUUGUCCCCUGUCCAAGAUGGCUGCGUCCAUGGUGCGGCGCUUGUGGCCGUUGGUGGCUGGUAGGGGUCUUCGUUCCCGGAGAGGCUGCAUCCGCAGCCAGAGCCCAAGGAGAACUUUUGCCACGGAGAGACGAGACCGGAGCCUCCUGUACGAGCAUGCGCGCGAAGGCUACAGCGCGCUCCCUCAUCUGGACAUGGAACCUCUGUGCGCAUGCCCGGAAGAGGCCGCGCGCGCCCUGGAGCUCCGCAAGGGGGAGCUGCGGCCGGAGGACCUGCCCGCGAUCAUCUCAACAUGGCAGGAGCUGAGGCAGCUGCGGGAGCAGAUCCGGAGUCUGGAGGAAGAGAAGGGCGCUGUGGCUGAGGCAGUACGGAACCUGCUGGUAAACCAGGACGGCACUCAAGUGCACCAGGACCCCCAAUAUCAGAGGCUGCGGGCCCACGGCCGGGAGAUCCGCAAGCAGCUCACGGUCCUGUACCCCAAGGAGACGGAGCUUGAGGAGCAGUUUUACCUGCGGGCACUGAGGCUGCCCAACGAGACCCACCCGGAAGUGCCCGUCGGGGACGAGAGCCAGGCCCGAGUGCUCCACGUGGUCGGAGACAAGCCAGCAUUCUCCUUCCGACCUCGGGGCCACCUGGAGAUCGCCGAGAAACUUGACAUCAUCCGGCAGAAGCGCCUGUCCCAUGUGUCCGGUCACCGCUCCUAUUACCUCCGUGGGGCUGGGGCCCUCCUGCAGCACGGCCUGGUCAACUUCACACUCAACAAGCUCGUCCACCGGGGCUUCACCCCCAUGACGGUGCCAGACCUCCUCCGGGGAGCUGUGUUUGAAGGCUGUGGGAUGACCCCAAAUGCCAACCCAUCCAAAUUUACAACAUCGACCCCUCCCGCUUUGAAGACCUCAACCUGGCUGGGACAGCAGAGGUGGGGCUUGCUGGCUACUUCAUGGACCACUCCGUGGCCUUCAGGGACCUGCCAAUCAGGAUGGUUUGUUCCAGUACCUGCUACCGGGCAGAGACACACACUGGGAAGGAGCCGUGGGGACUGUACCGGGUGCACCAUUUCACCAAGGUGGAGAUGUUUGGGGUGACGGGCCCUGGGCU